UAUCAACGAUAUUCCGGGAAACCAAGUCAAGGAAGUUGUCGUCAGUCGUAAAUUUGCCCUCUCGUCAUCGAUGUCAACGGUACAAACUCGGGUCUUGGAUGCUAUGUUGGCUCAUGAUUGGAACCGGAUCGAAUCAUUAGUAAUUUCGCUGCUUUCUCACAUGUAUUCUAAAAAAUUCCUUAAGAGAUGGGAGGCUUUCAAAAGGAGAAAUUGGACUUCUUGAUGAUUUUAAACCGGCGUUCCCUGACAAGACUAAUAUUGCAUUGUAUGUGGGAUAACGACAAUGCUUAUGUUGAAGAAUAUGCGCACAAAGCCGCAUCCAGAUUACCCAACCUUCGCUUCGUAUCGCAAUAUAUUCAUCAAGGCAAUGACAACGGUAUCCCAAAUAUAUAUCAAACUCUGCCAUCCAACUUACCUUCAGGCUUACACCUUACAAAACUGGACUUAUCCUGGGCAAACUAUACCGGCGAACUUGAAAACAUACAACAAUUGAUACGGAAAUCGCAGUAUUUGAUCUCGCUUACGUUAAACGGAUCGACAUACCCUUAUUACGCAACUAUGUUAGAAACAAUUUAUGAACACUGCCCAGUGCUUCGAGAGUUUUUCUACACUAGCUCGAUUAGAAAAGUUGCUAUUACCGAGUAUACCCCACCACCAAGCUCAUCAACUGCCAACAGUGGUCUCAGGAAGCUUGUAAUCCGACCGCCAAUUACAAGCAAAAACAUAUAUUAUCAUCGCACCCAUGCGAUCGAUGAGCAACUGAAGUUGAUUCUUCGCAGAUCGCACACUACGUUAGAAACGCUUGAUUUGAAUUUCGGACUCUUCGACCCGACCGGCGGAUAUACGCUAUUGGAUACUCUUGCAAAUUUGGGUGCUCCCAAUUUGCAAUGCCUAGUUAUCGACGCAUCACUCUGUUAUCCAGGAGUACGGUCUCGGCAAAUUUCAGAUAUGAUCAGCGCAUGCCCAUUCCUUCAAGUCGUCGACAUUACCGGGAACUUUUUCUGGCACAAACGUAUUUUUGAUACACUUGCCAACAACACCACGGAGUUAAGAAAAUUGUCUAUCAGAGUGAACGAUACCUCACCUCCGCAGCAACAGUAUCAAGAUUUAGAGGAAGAUACGGUUAUCCCUGCCGCAUUCUUACUAGCGACAGUUUUCGACAAAGCCCUUUAUUUGCGCGAAUUCUCGUUUGGCCACGCGCUUGAUCAUGGCUUCGAGAGCACGCUUGCGGUGGACAUCGCAUCACAUCUAUAUCGUUCACGCUCUAUCCGCCAAAUUGACUAUGGAAAAGUAAUAAUUAGGAGCAGUGAAACACUGGUGUCUAUUCUGGAACAAUUUACGAGGGCACCAAUCCAUAAAGUACGACUGCGUGUCGAGUUCGAACUUACCAAGGAGGAAUUCGAGGCAUUGGCGGCUGUUAAAACGUUAGCACAUUUAGAAUUAAAAUCAUGCCAAGAAGGUUUGGGUGAGAGCACGAUACACUCCCUCUUUGAAGAAUGGCAAACGCAACGGUCCCUUUUUGUCCGAAUUGAGCGCAUUGACAGUUUCGCUAUGUGGGAAGGCUAUAAAUUAGAUAAAACUGUCUAUGUAAAGUGUGUCAGACAAGGAUAAUCCGGAUGAUGCAGUGCCUUUUGUUACAAAAAAUGACUCUACCUCCUCCUUACUUAAAUUGUGUGAUAUCUGACGAGCACAGACGGUACAUUGACGUUAAGCUU